AUUCUUAUUAUUAAACAAAAAAAGAAAAGAAAAAGAAUACUAGAAGGAUUGCUCUCCCUUCUAGAGGAGACAACACAUCAAGGUAAGGCUUAGAAGGAUCAUAUAGUAAUGGAAACAAAAGUAGUUGAAGACAUUGUGAUUGUGGGUGCUGGUAUUGCUGGCCUUACUACUUCCUUAGGACUUCACAGUGAUGCUCUUGCUCAUAGAUUGGGUAUCCCAAGUUUGGUACUAGAAUCUUCAGAUGCUUUGAGGGGCACUGGAUUUGCAUUAACAGCAUGGAAAAAUGCUUGGAAGGCCUUGGAUGCUGUUGGUGUUGGAGACAUCCUCCGCCAGCAACAUGUACAGCUUUUUGGGAAUGAUACUACUUCUUUGGUUACGGGUCAACAAACAUCAACUACUUCUUUCAGGGACAAAGGAAAGCACAGUGGAGGCUGUGAAGUUCGCUGUGUUAGCAGGCGAUUAAUGUUGGAAGCCCUUGCCAAUGAGCUUCCAAGUGGUACCAUGAGGUACUUGUCAAAGGUGGUUGCUAUUGAGGAAUCUGGCUUCUCUAAGAUAAUUCAUCUUGCUGAUGGAACAACCAUCAAAACCAAGGUAUUGAUUGGGUGUGAUGGAAUAAACUCUGUGGUGGCAAAGUGGCUAGGCUUCAAGGAGGCCUCUUUUACAAGGAGAUAUGCAGUCAGGGGUUGGGCAGAGUCGAAGAACAACCACGAGUUUGGGCCCAGGUUCAUGCAGUUCUUUGGCAAAGGUCUUCGAUCUGGUGCUAUUCCUUGUGAUGAGAAGUCCGUUUACUGGUUUUUCACUUGGACUCCCACCAGCCAAGACAAAAAGCUAGAGGACAACCCUGCUAAACUGAAACAAUUUGUGUUACACAAUCUUGAGAAGAUGUCAAGUGAUGUUAGAUCCUUCAUAGAAAAAACUGAACUAGAUGGUUUCCUAUCAGUUCCAUUGAGAUACAGACAUCCCUGGGAGAUCAUGUUUGGAAAUAUUAGUAAAGGCAAUGUUUGUGUUGCUGGAGAUGCUUUCCAUCCCAUGACACCUGAUCUUGGCCAGGGUGGGUGUAGUGCCUUGGAAGAUGGGGUUGUUUUAGCCAGGUGCAUAGCUGAGGCCUUCUCCAAAAAGCCAAUGAGACAUAUCAAAGAGAAGGAAGAAGAAGAAGAAGAAGACCAAUAUAAGAGGAUUGAGGAAGGCUUGAAGAAAUAUGCAAACGAGAGAAGAUGGAGAAGCAUUGAUCUCAUUAGUUCAUCUUAUAUUUUGGGUUCUAUUCAGCAGAGUGAUUCAAAAUUGGUUACCUUUUUGAGGGACAAAAUUUUGGCUUCAUUCCUAGCUAGUAUUUAUUUGAAGAAGUCAGAUUUCGAUUGUGGAAAACUAAAUAGCUCUUAGAGACGUAAUAUUAUGCUUAGUCCUUUAUUGUUGCCUUUUAUCUUGCCAUGUUAAUGUCCUUGUGGUCCGUCCUUGUUAUAUUUUUUAUGCUAAGAUUUUUUUUUUUUCUCACCAUUAUUUAUGUU